AUGUUGCUCUCCAUGAACUACUCAAUGAGUAGCCUGGUCUCGCUGCCCUAUGGAGCCCGCCGUUUCCUCCAGCCUCACCUUCAUCGGGGCGCAGAAAGCAAAGGCGACCCCUUCCUCCUCCUCCUCCUGCUGCUCAGCGGGGAGACCGAUGCUCCUCUCUACAUCACCAGCGGAUUUGGCAAAUUGGACAGGAAGGAGAGGCAGGAAAAGCACAAAUCCUAUGUGCCCACAAGUGGAAUUGCCCCUGUUCUUCAAGGCCAUUAUCUGCAGCUCCCUCUCGCCCAUCCGUCAGAGACAGCUGUGGAAAUGGUCUUGCAGUGGGCAUUGCUCUGUCUCCUCUGCUCCCCACUGGUGUUGGCAUCUGACUAUGGUCUACCUAAAUUUAUCUGCAGCCCUAUGCCGCUGGAUAUGGAACACGGUUGCCAGUCGGCCAGUCAGCAGCGACAAGGAGCUAACAACGCUGCCAAUGGGCACUGGGUGGGGACCCUAGAGGAAGCCAAGGAAACAAUCCUACACCUGCGGGAGACGGUGGUGCACCAAAAGGAGAUGAUCCUGGACCAAAGGGAGAUGGUGAGAGAGUUGACAGCCAAACUCAGCCGCUGUGAAGCUCAUUCGAGGAGGCACAUUGGAGAACACCACGGCCUUCACCAUGAAGAGAACCACAGUCAUGGCCAUCACGAGGGCGGGCACCGAAUCCACCAUGAGGGCGGGCAUCGAACCCAUCAUGAGAGUGGGCAUCCUCAUGGUCACAGGGGGCAUCACGAGGAUGGGCAUCCGGGUCAUCGUGAGAAUCCUCAUCAGGGGCAUCAUGAGGAGGGACAUCAGAGUCACCAUGAGGAUGCUCACAGGUUACACCAUGAAGAUGUCCACCGAGAUCUCCACAAAGGCAUCCAUUCCCGGGAGAAUGACUACCACCAUUUUGGACAACAUCAUGAACACCAGUUAGGACACAACACUCAUGAUGCCUUUCGUAAGGGGGCUGCAGCUGCCAACACCAUGGAGGAUCCACCCAAGGAACCUGCUACUGGGGUGCACCAGAUGGAAAGGAUGCUGGAAUCCCUCAAGGAGAGAUUGGAGCAUUUACAGCACAAUCGGAACAGUUCUCUUUUCUCCACAUCCCUACGUGAUGCUCUCCAGAAAAAGAUAAGCAUAUUGGAACAUCAGAUCCACGCCAAAUCAAACUCUUCUGAUCACCAUGAACAUGGUGCAUCAACAGCAGCAGGACUAAGGCGUGCACUCAUCUCCCAUGGGACUGGCGCUGAGAAAGGGCACAAAGUGGAGAAACGAUCAGAAGAUUUCCGUGUGGGUUUUCCUCUUCGCACCAAUUAUAUGUAUGCCAAGGUGAAACGCACCCUCCAUCAUGAGAUCUUUGCUUUCUCCAUCUGCCUCUGGCUCAAAUCCAGCUCAGCGCCAGGGAUGGGCACCCCAUUCUCAUACUCUGUGCCAGGUCAGGCCAAUGAAGUGGUGCUAAUUGAAUGGGGCAAUAAUCCCAUGGAACUGCUCAUCAAUGACAAGGCUGCCACGUUACCCCUGUCCAUUAAUGAUGCCAAGUGGCACCACAUUUGUGUGACCUGGUCAACCCGAGAUGGCAUUUGGGAAACCUACCAAGAUGGGGUCCGGAGAGGAAGUGGAGAGAAUCUGGCUCCGUGGCAUCCUGUGAAGUCUGGAGGUGUUUUUGUACUCGGCCAGGAGCAGGACACUCUUGGGGGUCGCUUUGAUGCCACUCAAGCUUUUAUUGGGGAGAUCUCCGAUUUCAACAUGUGGGGCCACAUCUUGACAGCAGGCGAGGUUUACAAGAUGGCGACCUGCACUAGCGACAUUGGUGGCGAUCUCAUCAAUUGGACCGAAGCUUCGGUGGAGCUUCAUGGAGGAGUGGUCAAGCUACCUUUCAAUGCCUGCCAUUGAUAAGCCACAACAGAACAGAGACUGCUGGGUUGCUUGGGAAGAGAGAGAAAUUUAGUGGUGUAAGGCUAAGGGUGGGGU